UUGUGGCUCUUUCCGGCGUCCUUCAUGCUUCCUCCGAGAAAAGUGUUUGUGACUCGUAAACCUGGCGCUUGGGGGGUUUGUAUAUAAAGGAGUUGCAAUCGGAUAAGAACGGUGGGGGCAGCUUCUGUGCGGUAAGGUGCAGCUAAGAUUAUGGUGGCAAACUGCGAUUCGUAUAGUUAGUUAGCCCAUUGGGCCGGCCCAUAACACUAGCGCUGCUGUCAUGAUGAGAUGAUUUGAAACAACACACUUUGCGUCGAAUGUGUUUGGCCCAGUCGAGAAAACGAGCGCAUAGACAGAUUUACUCAAAGUCGCGUCUCGGAGAUUCGCUUUAUCAGUGGCCAAGACGCAACAAUCUCCGGUCACUAAGACACAAUCCACGUCCACCGCUCUAAUUGAAAUAGAUAACCCGGCCAGUGUGAAGAGACAAUUGGCGCAGCUAUUUGAUUUGUCUCUGAGGGCAACCGUGCCUGAUGAGUCGGAUGUUGUGCCGUUAGUUGAUGCUUGCGCCGUGAAAGGCGGCGUAAAAUUUGGUGAUUAUCAAUGUAAUAAUGCAAUGGGUAUAUGGUCUAAGAUGAAAGGAAUGCAGACAGGAUUUAGGGGUCCCCCGGCAAUUGGGCAGGCCAUUGUUAACAAUCUCCCUCCAUCUGAAAUGAUUGAUUCGUGCUCUGUAGCUGGUCCUGGAUUUGUCAAUGUUGUAUUAUCAAAGAAGUGGAUAGCACAGAGCUUACAUAGGAUGCUAAUUGAUGGUAUUGAUUCAUGGGCACCUCGACUUCCGGUCAAGAGGGCUUUGAUUGAUUUUUCCUCACCUAAUAUAGCGAAGGAAAUGCAUGUUGGCCACCUGAGAUCUACCAUUAUUGGGGAUACAGUAGCUCGUAUGCUCGAAUUUUCACACGUGGAAUGUGUAAUCCGUAGAAAUCAUGUUGGUGACUGGGGAACACAGUUUGGGAUGCUGAUUGCAUACCUCUUUGAAAAAUUCCCUAACCCAGAUGAUGUUAGUGUAGCAGACAUUGGAGAUCUUCAGGCAUUCUAUAAGGCCUCAAAACUGAGGUUUGAUAGUGAUCCUGAAUUUAAGCUGAGGGCACAACAGGCAGUGGUCCGGCUCCAGAGUGGAGAAACCAUGUAUCGCAAGGCAUGGAAACAAAUUUGUGAUGUUAGUAGGGCUGAAUUUGAUAAAGUUUAUCAACGCCUUGGAGUUCAAUUGGAGGAAAAGGGAGAGAGCUUCUAUAAUCCAUAUAUUCCUGGGGUUUUGGAGAAACUGGAUAAUUUAGGACUGGUUGAAGAGAGUGAUGGUGCACGUGUGGUUUUUGUUGAGGGUGUAAACAUACCACUUAUUGUUGUAAAAAGAGAUGGUGGCUACAACUAUUUUACAACUGAUCUAGCAUCACUUUGGUAUCGUCUAAAUGAAGAAAAACUUGAGUGGAUUGUAUAUGUUACAGAUAUUGGGCAGCAGCAACACUUUGAUAUGCUAUUUAAGGCCUAUAGGCGUGCAGGUUGGUUACCAAAGGAUGAGAAUGCAUAUCCAAAAUGUACUCAUAUAGGUUUUGGUCUUGUUCUUGGGGAAGAUGGAAAACGAUUUCGGAGUCGCAGCAGUGAGGUUGUUCGAUUGGUUGAUUUACUUGAUGAAGCUAAAAGGCGCUGUAAAACUGCCAUUCUUGAACGUGAUACAGCUAAAGAUUGGUCUGAGGAGGAGAUUGAGAACACAACCGAGGCUAUUGGCUACGGGGCUGUUAAGUAUGCUGACUUGAAGAUCAACAGAUUAACAAAUUACACAUUCAACUUUGAUCAGAUGCUAAAUGAUAAGGGGAAUACUGCUGUUUAUUUGCAGUAUGCACAUGCUAGAAUCUGUUCCAUUAUCCGCAAAUCUGGUAAAGACAUAGAAGAAAUAAAGAGAAAUGGGAAAGUAGUGUUGGAUCAUGAAGACGAACGUGCAUUGGGGCUUCAUUUGUUACAAUUUCCCGAGGUUUUUGAGGAGGCAUGCACCAAUUUGUUGCCCAAUUUGUUGUGUGAAUACCUUUACAAUUUGGCAGAAAUCUUUUCAAAAAAGUUUUACUCUAAUUGUCAGGUUGUCGGGUCGCCUGAGGAAACUAGUAGACUUUUGCUGUGCGAAGCAACGGCAGUUGUGAUGAGAAAGUGCUUUUAUCUCCUUGGAAUUGUACCUGUUUACAAGCUAUGACCAUCCGGAGGAGUUGAAAUGCAAAUUUCUUCGUCAGAAUUUUUUGGGAUACACCAUACACGAGUGUAGGAAACUUAGCAAUGAAAAUUGUUCAGGCAAAUUCAACCACCUCUUCCAUUUUGUUAACUGUAUGAAUUGUAAGAAUGAAAGUAAAUAUGUUAUAGCAAUAUUGUUGACAAGGUCCCUUUGGUAAUUUAUUUUGAUAAGAUAAUGUUAUAUUUCAUUAGACUUGGUAAAAAAUCAAAGCUUCAGGAGUAACAAGAAAAUAGACGUUAUGGGUUCCAUAGUACAUUUGUACUGCAGAAAAAUCCAACCAUACUGGUCAUUGUGCACUCUCAAUCUCAAAAGUUACUGGACUUUAUUUAUUGUUUGGAAUUAUGUUUUAGGCACACGAGUGCUUUCUUUCUUA